CUAUGAUCAGGUGAAAUACAUCAACAUUUUCUACACUUUCGACAUUCGUAAGCUAAAAGGAUGAGAACUAGUCAGAUCAUAGUGCUCGCACUCGCCCUCGCCCUCAUGGUGCUAUCUUCAGGAUCCGCAGAUCACAUACCGGAGGCGAAGGCGAAGGUCUCGGCGCCGGUCACAGACGACACAGAUUGUCAAACGAUUCUCCUGGAACCGGCCGAGCAGUGCAAUCCGGCCAAGUGCCAGAAGGACUGUGAGAACGCGAUCAAAGGGGGCGUUGGCACCUGCUUCGCCCAUCCUUUGCACUUCGCAUGUAGCUGCCGGUACUGCCCGCCGGCUCCGCCGUGUUAUCCCUGCCCAAGGAAAUUAACCCAGAUGAACUAGCUUAGCUGAGCUGAGAUCGACUGAUAGAACGGCGUGUGUGCGUGCAGCCUAAAUAACGAUGGCGAUGUGAUGGUGUUCGCCGUAAAA